AUGGCAGAGUCGAACGAUUCGGUUUCUGUCAAUGUGGAAACAAUCUACCUUGGAGGAAAGGAGCAUAUUAUACGGACUGGCCAAGGUUCUCUCUCAGUUAUAGUUUAUGGAGACCAAGAUAAGCCAGCUCUGAUCACUUAUCCAGAUUUAGCUUUAAAUCAUAUGUCUUGUUUUCAAGGAUUGUUCUUCUGUCCUGAAGCUGCUUCUUUGCUGCUUCACAAUUUCUGCAUUUACCACAUUAGUCCACCUGGGCAUGAGUUGGGAGCUGCAGCACUUAAUCCUGAAGAUCCGGUGCCUUCUGUUGAUGAUUUAACUGAUCAGAUUCUUGAGGUUUUAAAUUAUUUUAGGCUUGGUGCAGUGAUGGGCAUGGGCGUGACGGCUGGUGCUUACAUCCUCACCUUGUUUGCUAUGAAAUACAAGGAGCGGAUUCUUGGUUUGAUCCUUGUUUCCCCUCUGUGCAAAGCUCCAUCUUGGACUGAAUGGUUCCAUAACAAGGUGAUGUCAAAUUUGCUAUAUUUCUAUGGUAUGUGUGGGCUACUGAAGGAAUAUUUACUUUCUCGGUAUUUCAGCAAGGAAGUUCGUGGCAAUGUUGAGGUUCCAGAAUCAGAUAUAGUUCAAGCAUGCAGAAGAUUGCUAGAUGAGAGGCAGAGCGUAAAUGUCCUGCGGUUUCUACAAACAUUAGAUAGGAGAUCAGACAUCAGUGAAGGUUUAAGAACACUUCGAUGCCGAACGCUGAUUUUCGUUGGAGAGAACUCUCCUUUCCAAUCCGAAGCUCUUCACAUGACUGCUAAUCUGGACAGAAGAUGCAGUGCCUUAGUUGAGGUACAGGCUUGUGGAUCAAUGGUGACGGAGGAGCAGCCUCAUGCAAUGUUAAUACCGAUGGAGUAUUUUCUCAUGGGAUAUGGUCUGUAUCGACCAGUUAAGAUUAGCGGGAGCCCAAGGAGUCCUCUUUCUUGCAUAGCACCUGAGCUUCUCUCUCCAGAAAAUAUGGGACUCAAGUUAAAACCAAUCAAGACUCGUCUCUCUACACAAAGAUGA